AUGAAAAAGUUUAAACUUUAUGUUGGCAAGAUCACUGUGAGAAGAGCAAGAGCUAAAAUGUUGAAAGAUAUAAUGGUUGACCAUGUUGUGGAAUUUGGAAGAAUACUUGACUACAAGAAUGAAGUGUUGAGGACCAAUCUAGGGACCAAUUGUGUUGUAAAAGUUGGUGAACCUGAUGCAGAAGACAAAACGAUAUUUCAGAGUUUUUACAUCUGUUUUGAUGCUUUAAGGAAGGCAUGGAUACAUUGUAGGAAGUGCAUAGGCUUAGAUGGUUGUUUCCUUAAAGGUGUUUGUAAAGGCCAACUGUUAGUUGUUGUGGCCAAUGAUGAAAACAACAUGUCUGAGUGUUUUAAUGCAUUGAUCUUGGCUGCUAGACACAAGACCAUCAUUACUAUGCUUGAAGAAAUAAGAGUGAAGAUGAUGACAAGAAUAGCCAAAUUAAGGGAGUUCCCAAGUACUUGGAAGUGUAAUUUCUCUCCAAUGGCUCUGAAGGUUUUAGAGGAGAACAUUAGUAGGUCUAUGGACUGUACCAUUGGGUUUAAUGGAGUUGCUGGAUUUGAAGUGAAAGAAGGGCUUCGUCAGCACAAAGUGGAUAUUGCUAGGAGAAAUUGUAGUUGUAGGGUGUGGCAGUUAAGGGGCAUACCAUGUCCACAUACUGUGAAUGCAUUAUACUUUAAGAAGUUUUCUCUUUAUGACUAUAUAGACAACUGCUACAGUAAGAAAACUUACUUGAGGACUUAUGCGAAUGUUAUUGAACCACUCACAAACAUGAAAAUGUUGCCAGUUUCUACAAACCCUACCAUUGAGCCAUCAGAAAUCACAAACAUGUUUGGUAGGCCACCUAAGUCUAGAAGGAAAGAAGCUGAAGAAACUAAGAAAUCUGGGAAGCUUCCUAGGACUGGACUUGCAAUGACCUAG